UUAGAUACCAGUCAGUUUUAAUAAUAUUGAAUGUCCAUCUCUGACUUAUUUUUCUGCUUAAUUUCUUCCAGGCUGCUUGCAAUGUCAGGGUUUGACAACUUAAACGCAGACUUUUACCAGUCUAGUUACAGUGUAGAUGAUCAGAACCAAGGAGGAUAUGGCUACAGCAACACAGAUGACCCAUACAGCAAACAAUACGGACAGUAUGACUACUCGCAGCCGAUGGGCUACUCGGCUCCUCCGGGAAUGAUGCAGCCCCAGCAGCCUUACACGGGGCAGAUCUACCAGCCCACGCCAGCCUUUACGCCAGCCUCCCCACAGUCCAUGUACGCUAGCAGCUUUGAGGAUGAGCCCCCGUUGCUGGAGGAGCUGGGGAUCAACUUUGACCACAUCUGGCAGAAGACUCUGACUGUGCUGCACCCGCUGAAGGCAGCAGAUGGCAGUAUAAUGAAUGAAACAGACCUGGCUGGUCCCAUGGUGUUCUGUUUGGCCUUUGGGGCGACGCUACUCUUGACGGGUAAGAUCCAGUUCGGUUACGUGUAUGGUAUCAGUGCCAUCGGGUGCCUCGGCAUGUACUGCCUGCUCAACCUCAUGAGCAUGACGGGGGUGUCGUUCGGCUGUGUGGCUAGUGUUCUCGGUUACUGCCUGCUUCCCAUGAUCAUCCUGUCCAGUUUCGGGGUCCUCCUUUCCUUACAGUAA